ACACACACACACACACACACCCAUGGGGAGCCGCCCCGCCCCAGGGUUCCCGAGAACCACAUCAGCUGGGUACCGGCUGCCCUUGACCAGACUGUCAGCCUUGGACUCCUCCACGGCCCGGGGUGGCCCUGCGGUGGACAGGGGUCUCGCCAGCAGUCGCCAAGCCCCCCAGGCCCCAGAAGCAGAGCGGUUGGGCCUGGGGACUAACGGUGUGAGGCAGGAUCAGCUGUGGAGGGAGCUCGUGGAGGCCGAGAGGAGGGGCCAACAGCGCUGGGCUCAGCACUGGAGUUUCCUGAAAGACUAUGACCCCUUGGGCAACAGGAAGGAGCCUGUGCAGCUGCCGGAGCAUGUGUCUCUCUUUUCCGACACAGUCCCCAACUCCGCCAACCAGGUGGUGGGCAGCAGGGUGAACACGCCCCUGGGGCAAACCCUCAUAGGGAUGGACUUCUUCUGUGUGGGCGGAGUCCGGAAGAAGAAGCUGGAAGCCGAGCUGCAGCCCGUGUAGGGGGGAGGAGCACCGGAGCUCAGAAAUCCAGACUGGGUCUCUCAGGAUGGAAAUCAAGGUGUGCGAGGCCUGUGUUUCUUUCCGGAGGCUAGAGGCAUCUGGUUCCCCACCGUUUCCAGCUUCUAGA